AUGGAUUCUAGGUCCGUUUAUUCUCUCCCGGUGCUUGCGCCUCAACAAGAUCCUGGUUCCGAACCUCGCACCGAAAUACAAGCCAGACUCAAAGAAUUCGUCCUCGCUUUUCAACUUGAUGGAACUUACAUCUACAGAGACCAAAUCCGUGAGAAUGUCCUGGUCAAACAGUACUACUGUGACAUCGACCUUGCACAUCUGAUCUCAUACAAUGAAGAGCUGGCACACAGGCUAACCAGUAAUCCUGCGGACAUGAUCCCUCUCUUCGAAGCCGCCCUCAAACAAUGCACCCAGCGCAUCGUUUUCCCACACGACCCGAACGUUUCUCUCCCACAACACCAACUACUCCUCCACUCAUCAGUUUCACAUAUCUCCAUCCGAGACCUCAAUGCGACGAAUGUGUCUCAUCUUGUGCGGAUCCCCGGCAUCGUCAUCGGUGCAUCCACUCUCUCCUCCAAAGCGACUCUCUUACAUAUACAGUGUCGAAGUUGUGAGCAUGUCCAGAAGUUGGCUAUCGAAGGUGGCUUCUCUGGCAUUACAUUACCGCGACUGUGUGGCAGAACAAAAGUUCCGGGCGAAGAUGUUGAGGCGUGCCCCAUGGAUCCUUAUUUCGUUGUUCAUGAGAGCUCUCAAUUUAUUGAUCAACAAAUCCUGAAGUUACAAGAAGCUCCUGAUCAAGUACCAGUCGGAGAGUUGCCGCGUCAUAUUCUCAUUUCGGCGGACCGAUACCUUACAAAUCGGGUUAUCCCUGGCUCACGAUGUACUGUGAUGGGUGUAUUUUCUAUCUAUCAGGCAAAUAAGGCCAAGAAAGAUAGUGCAGUUGCAAUCCGGAAUCCAUAUCUACGCGCUGUCGGGAUUACUGCGGACGCGGACCAUACUAGCCUUGGGUCGAGUCAUUUCUCAGAAGAGGAGAUUCAAGAAUUCGAAGAAAUGUCCCGGCUGCCCGAUCUUUACGAGCGCUUUGCCCGGUGCAUAGCCCCGUCGAUUUACGGAAAUGCGGACAUCAAGAAAGCGAUCGCGUGCCUACUCAUGGGAGGCUCGAAGAAGCAGCUUCCUGAUGGGAUGAAGCUACGAGGUGACAUUAACGUCCUGCUGCUGGGUGACCCAGGAACGGCCAAGUCGCAAUUGUUGAAAUUUGUCGAGAAAGUUGCUCCCAUUGCAAUAUAUACGUCUGGCAAAGGCUCUUCUGCAGCAGGCUUGACCGCGUCCGUACAGAGGGACACCCAGACACGAGAAUUCUACCUUGAAGGCGGUGCUAUGGUUCUGGCUGAUGGCGGCGUCGUUUGUAUCGAUGAGUUUGACAAGAUGCGUGACGAAGACCGAGUGGCCAUCCAUGAAGCCAUGGAACAGCAGACAAUCUCAAUCGCAAAGGCAGGUAUUACCACUAUUCUAAACGCACGAACAUCAGUACUCGCGGCCGCCAAUCCUAUCUUUGGUCGCUAUGAUGAUCUCAAAUCACCUGGAGAAAACAUAGAUUUUCAAACAACCAUUCUGUCAAGAUUUGACAUGAUCUUCAUCGUCAGAGAUGAUCAUGACAGAAAUCGUGACGAGCGUAUUGCAAAGCACGUCAUGAGCAUUCAUAUGGGCAAUCGUGGCGUGGAAGAGCAAGCCGAAGCAGAGAUCCCCGUGGAUAAGAUGAAACGAUACGUCAGGUUCUGCAAAUCACGAUGUGCGCCGCGUCUCUCAGCCGCUGCUUCAGAGAAGCUCUCCAGUCACUUCGUAUCAAUCCGCAACCGAGUAGCGCAGUCGGAACGCAACAGCAAUUCUCGGUCCUCGAUCCCCAUCACAGUCCGACAACUGGAAGCAAUCAUCCGAAUCUCCGAAUCUCUCGCAAAACUCACACUCUCGCCAGUAGCUGAGGAACAGCACGUGGACGAAGCGAUCCGACUCUUCCUUGCGUCCACUAUGGAUGCCGUUGCGCAGGGCGAGAGCGCUGGCGGCAUGGGAAGCAACCGCGAGCUCAUGGACGAAGUCUCCAAGGUCGAGGAAGAAUUGCGCCGACGCCUCCCCAUCGGCUGGAGCACCAGUCUCGCCACCCUGCGAAGGGAGUUCGUCCAGGGACGUGGAUACAGCGAAGCAGCUCUCGCGAGGGCCCUGCAUGUCUUGCAGCGUCGCGAGACUGUUAGGUUGAGGAACGGUGGAAGUCAAGUCUACAGAUCCGGUGUUUGA